AUGUCCUUCUUCCCCCGAUCCUACUUUGCUCCCGAGUCCUCCUUCACCCCUCUCUUCCGCCUCCUGGACGACUACGACAACUACUCCCGCGAGGUCACCCAGCAAGGUCAGGGACAGAGGCAGGCUGGUCGCCGCGCAGCCUCUCUUCCCGCCUUCACCCCCAAGUUCGACGUCAAGGAGCUAGAGAACGCAUAUGAGCUUCACGGCGAGCUCCCUGGAAUCGAGAAGAACAACGUCAACAUCGAGUUCACCGAUGACUCAACGAUUGUCAUCUCCGGCCGCGUUGAGCGCCACUACUCCUCGGGCACCCCACCCGAGGAUGGCAGCGUCCAGAUGAGCGGCGCCAUCACCGAGGGCGACAAGGAGCACAGCAACUCACACAAGGCGACGGUAGAGGACGAGGAGGCCGAGAAGGCCAGGGAGCAGGGCACGUCCACCGAGGUCACCAGGGCCAACAAGCAGCAGGAGGUCUCGAGGCCAGCCGAGAAGUACUGGGUCUCAGAGCGGUCUGUCGGUACCUUCCACCGCACCUUCAACUUCCCCAGCCGCAUCGACCAGGAACGGGUCACGGCCAACCUCAACAACGGUGUCCUGAGCAUCACCGUCCCCAAGGUCAAGAGGCAGGAGGGCCGCCGCAUCGCCAUCCAGUAA